AUGUCCAACGAAGGACUCGCACCGAAUUCUAUGAAGGUACUUGGCGAGAGCAAAUUACGCGCGUUUGAACAAGGCAGUGUUGCUGUGAAUAGUCGUCCUACCUUAUCUCGUAAAGAACGUGAAGAACUACGUGCAAAAGCAGAAGCCAGCGAAACAGCUGAAGUUUUAAAAGAAUUUGUUGCUGCAUUUGAAGAGCCAGUGAAAGCGAAUAAAACCUUUGUUAAAGGUGGAGUAUUUAAUCCAGGUUCACAUGAAGAAACUCCUAGUGAUCGUGGAAAAACGUAUCGACUGUCAACAACAUCUCAUCGGAAAGAUGAUUCAUCGUCGAGUAAAGACAGUUUACAAGAAAAAAUCGCCAAAAGUAAUGCGGCUGCACUUGCGGCUGCAGCUGCUCUCUCAGCUGCUGGAGCUGACAGUAAACCAAAAUUGAAAAGUGAACGUGAAAAGCGAAAAUCAAAUUUAGAAACAUUCAAAGAAGAACUGAAAAGAAUGCAAGAAGAACGUGAACGUCGUCAUGGUCAAAAACAACGAGACAAAGAUGUAAAAUCGACACGAUUUCCACCCCCAUCAUCGUCGUCGUCACAACAUUCAGAUGUUAUUAGUGAUUCGGACACAUCGCAUCACGAUAGUCGACAUGCAUCUGAAGAUCCAAACACAACUAACAUAUUCAUUAGUUCCAUUCCACGUUCGAUGAAUGAAGCAAGUAUUAUGGAACUUUUCGGUCGAUAUGGUCCAUUGGCAAGUGUGAAAAUUAUGUAUCCAAGAAGUGACGAAGAAAAAUCGCGUGGAAACAAUUGUGGUUUCGUCGCAUACAUGAGUCGGAAAGAUGCGGAACGAGCGAUGCAUGAAUUAAAUAGUACACAAUUAGAUUCUGCAACGAUUCGAAUGAAUUGGGGCCGAUCUGUUCAUAUUCCACCGCAACCUAUUUAUAUUCCACCAACGCUAAGAGAACUGAUUAUGCCACCUCCACCAUCUGGUAUGCCAUUCAAUGCUCAACCGGAUGCAAAAUAUCGCUCAUUAAAACUACAAGACAUGCGUGAAAAGGAUUUCACUAAACUGCUCGAACAUGCAACUGUCCGAGUGAUAAUUCCACAUGAUAGAGUUUUGCUAUGUUUAAUUCAUCGAAUGAUUGAAUUUGUUAUUCGUGAAGGUCCUACUUUUGAAGCAAUGAUUAUGCGUCGCGAAAUCAAUAAUCCACAAUUCCGGUUUUUAUUUGACAAUCAAUGUCCUGCACAUACGUAUUAUCGGUGGAAACUGUUUUCCAUUCUUCAAGGUGAUAGUAUAACCAGUUGGCGGACGGAUACAUUUCGUCUAUUCAAAGGUGGAAGUUUAUGGCUACCACCUCAACCUCAACAAUUUACAGCUGGUAUGCCCGAUGAAUUAUUCGAAAAAGUCAGAAAAGAAACAGAGAAUGAAACCAGUGUAAAAGCUGACUCUCAUGCAUCAGUGACUUCACAUACCAGUAAUAAUAAUAAUAAUAAUAAUGUGAACCACUCGAACAGCCAGAGUAACAAGCGAGGUCGACUUAGUCAGAGACAAAGAGAUCAUUUGGAAGAUCUCUUACAAACAUUAACACCCGAACGAACAAAGAUUGGAGAUGCAAUGCUCUGGGCUAUUGAUCAUGCUGAAGCCGCAGAUGAAAUCAUUGAUUGUAUUACUGAAUCACUUUCAAUUCUUCAAACAGAACCAUUUAGAAAAAUUUCUCGGUUGUAUUUAAUAUCGGAUAUUCUCCAUAACUGUGGUGUAAAAGUAUCAAAUGCAUCAUACUAUCGUCGAGGAUUUGAAGUUCGUCUGCCAGAUAUUUUUCAAUAUAUUCAUGACGGAUGGGCAGCUAUUGAUGGACGACUUCGGGCUGAGCAAUUCAAACAAAAAGUGAUGAAUAGUUUUCGAGCAUGGGAAUCGUGGGCAAUCUAUCCAAGUGAUUUUCUUAUCAAACUUCAAAACAUAUUUCUUGGACUCGUGCGACCAAAACCAACCGCAGAAAACGAAGAAAAGAAAUCGAAAACCGAUGACGAUAUCGAUGGUAAACCCAUUAAUCUUGAUUCGGCAGAUGGUCGACCGUUAGCAUUGGUUGCCGACUAUGAUGACGAGGAAGAUAUUGACGGAAAACCCAUUUCAGUACCGAGUUCAACCAUGGACUCAGAUGUCGACGGUCGGCCACUGAGUGUUUCUCAAGAAGUCCGACCUCGAUUCCAAGAAAAGAAAGCAACCCUUCCAACGCAGAUCAAACCACGUUUUGUCCCAACAAAAUGGGAAUCAAUCGAUCCAAAUGAGGUUGCUGCUCAAGCUGUAACUAUAUCGAAAUGGGACUUUGACCAAGAAUCAGCUUCGAAAGGUGUUGAAAGUUUAUACGAAGAUCUUGCCGAGACAUCUCGAACAUCAACAGAAAAUUCGAAUUCAUACAACGAUGAAAAGAUUAGAAAUAAUUCAUCAACAAGCACAUAUAGUAAUGAGAAUACAAUAGCACCCGAUGCGUUAUCCACAUCAGAUAUGUCUGAAGAACGACGCCAAAAGCUAAGAGAGAUCGAAAUUCAAGUACUAAAAUAUUCAGACGAAUUAGAGUCUGGACAACGUCAUCGCAUAACACAUGGUCUUUCGUUAGCACAAGAAGUUCAAAUGUAUCGACAAAAGCUACUGGAAAAAAUCGACGAAGAUAGAACAAAUACAUCUCCGGAUUCAUCUCGAUCGACGAAUCGAAGUUCAACAUCACACAAAACUGAAUAUAAUUCAUCGCGUUAUUCUCAACAACGAAGCAUCGAUGAGAAAAAUCAAGAUACUAGUUCGCGUCGCGACGAUCCAUCUUCUAAACACAGAUCUACUUCGCAAAGAAGUAAUUCAUCAAAUUCAAAUCAAUCUGAUUCCACGCGAUCGUCCUCAUCAAGAACAAGUUCUGAUCAUUAUCAUUAUCAACAUAAACGAAAACGUGACGAUCGUUCUCCAUCACCAACAUCGCGCUACUCGCGAUCCAAUCGACGAUAG